ACACUGUUGCAUAAAUAAUGUUACACCCACGGAAGCCAUGCACAGGAAAACCAGGACCAUUUGCUUUUUCUCAUUAAGAACAAUGGAUCAGCUCGCAGUUACUGCACUCUAAGACUUCAGGAGGGCAUUUGUGGUUACCGCUGAUGGAUGAACCAACCCUGAUGAACUUCCUCUUUUAAUUCGAGCAUCUUUUAUAUAUGUAAACUAACAAUCAUGUCUCUCCCAGAGGAAGAUCUGACAUGUCCAGUGUGCUUUGACAUCUUCAGGGACCCCGUUCUGCUGUCCUGCAGCCACAGUUUCUGCAGGAGCUGCUUGAAGCAAUGCUGGGACACGAGGGUACGGGAAUGUCCUGUUUGCAGAAGGAAGGCUUCCAAAUCCCCACCUCCGUCCAAUUUGGCACUGAAAAAUGUAUGUGAGGCUCUCCAGCAGGUGAGGAGGCAAAUCACCCAGGAGGAGCAUUUAAGGUGCAGCUUGCAUGGGGAGAAGUUGAAGCUCUUUUGUCUAAAUGACGAACAGCCUAUCUGUGUGGUGUGCCAAGGUUCCAAACUCCAUAAAAAUCAUGACUGUUCCCCUGUUGAGGAGGCAUUUCUGGACUGCAAGAACAAACUUGAGUUGUUUCUUAAAAGCUUGCAAAGCAAAAUGGAAAGCCUAAAAAUGUUGUACAGAACCUCUGCUGAUAUGUCCACAUACAUUAAGUAUCAGACACUGGAAACUCAAAGGAAGAUAAAAAGUCAGUUUGAGCAGCUACAUCAAGCCCUCCACGAUGAAGAAUCAGCAAGAACCGAAGCUGUAAAGAAGGAGGAAGAGGAGAGGAUCACAGCAGUUAAAGAAAAAAUGAAUAAACUUUCAGCUGAAAUGCUUUCUGUCACUGAGACAAUGUCUGCCGUCGAAAAGCAACUGAAAGAAGAUGAUCUGAAUCUGUUGAAGAAUUUUAAAGCCACUCAGGACAGGGAUAGAGGAUCAGUCGAUGGUUUAGAUGAUAUGUCCGGCUUACUGAUAGAUGUGACUAAACAUCUCUCCAACUUGAAAUACAGAGUACUGGAGAAAAUAUUGGACAAUGUUGGCUACAGUCCUGUAAUUUUAGACCCGAGCACAGCACACCCAUGCCUCAUCCUAUCUGAAGACCUCACUUCCCUCCACUACUCAAAGCAGCCCAGUUGUUGCCAUGACAACCCUGAGCGCUUCCAUGUGAGUGCAGAGGUGGUAGGCAUGUCCUCGCUCGGCUCAGGAAGCCACCACUGGAUUGUGGAAACAGGAAGUAAUAAAGACUGGCUCCUGGGUGUGGCCUCAUUGUCUGCGCCGAGGAACACUGAAGUUGCAGCUCGGCCUGAAAACGGCUUUUGGACUAUAUGCUUCCGGGAGGGAGAGCUCAGGGCAAUGAGCUCGCCGCCCACCCUGCUUACUGUUAAGAGUAAGCCAGAGCAGGUCAAAGUCCAGCUGGAUUGCAGCAAGGGAACGGUUUCAUUUUCUGACCCUGUGGACCAUUCUCUACUGUAUGAAUUUACACAGACGUUCACAGAGCCUUUAUUACCAUAUUUCUAUACACAGAGCACUAAACCUCUGAGAAUAAUGCCAGAGAAGGUAAUCAUCACGGUGCUGCAGCAGUAAUAGUUUCCCUGAUCUGGCAGAACCACGUUUCUAAAGGUCUGCCUUCAUGCUUCAGGGGCCCCGAUUCAAAUCCUGCACAUUUAAGCACAAAACCCUCAAUGUUUUGGAUCCUACAAAACCUCUCCUCUCAAAUCUAACAAAUUUUGAUAAAAAAAAAAAAAAAAAAAACGUUUAGUCAUGCGGGAAAAUAAAAGUAUUAAAUUAUAAUGAUUAAUGGCAAAUAUGCAAUCAUAACUGUCUUUACAGAAUUAUGGAGUUAUGGGAUUUCUGUUGAGUACUGCACAGUUUUGCUUUUAGCUUGAGGGACAGAUUUGGCCUUGAAGAUAAUAAGGUGCACUGAUCUAGUUUAAACUGGCUUGAGCUGCUGAAGCAGAGAAUAACAAACUCCCUUUAUUGUGCCAGGAUGUUUUAUGAUAUAUAUGGAGGUUUUGGUUUGAGGGAGGUUCCAGCUCUCUUAAGGUGUUUAUGGCAAAGGCUGAUCGGGGGGUAGGGAGAGUGUAUCUUUAAAGUGGAUGAGGUAAAUGCAUUGCCAUUACCAAUAAAUUAUUGAAUUUUAA